UUCAAAAUUGGCUGCCCGCGUUUCAUUCGCCACCCUUCUUCUAUUUUAUCAAACAAAAACUUUCUCUCCCAAUUAGAGAACAACUAUUUCAAAUUCCAAAUACCCUGUACACUAUCAAUAAUUAAUGGAGACUCUAAUGGAGGAAGAAGAGUACAACUGGAGAGAAGUGAAGCUUCCGUCGCUCAUACCAGUGGUGCCGCCGCCUGAAUUGGAGAGAGAAACAGGAGAGAGGCGCCGUGGACGUGACAUAGUCAUCGCUAUUGAUCACGGUCCUAACAGCAAGCACGCUUUUGAUUGGGCUGUCACUCAUAUUUGCCGUCUCGCUGAUACCAUUCAUCUUGUCCACGCCGUCUCCAGUUUGAGAAAUGAGAUUGUCUAUGAAGCUACACAGGCGCUCAUGGAGAAGCUUGCCAUCGAGGCUUUCAAGGUUGCUAUGGUGAAGACAGUGGCUAGGAUUGUGGAAGGAGAUGCUGGAAAGGUAAUAUGCAAGGAAGCAGAACGGUUGAAGCCUGCAGCCGUGAUUAUGGGAACCAGGGGACGUAGUUUAAUCAAAAGUGUACUUCAAGGAAGUGUCGGCGAGCAUUGCUUUCACCACUGCAAAACAGCCCCAAUCAUAAUAGUUCCUGGAAAAGAAGCAGGGGAGGAAUCUGUAAUUUAAUGGGAACUUGCCAAGUUUGAGUAGUGCUGAUGAUCAUGCAGUAUGGCAGCAGCCAGCUUGUUUGCUAUUCCUUCAUAUUGUUCUAGAAGAAAGUUCUGCUAUUAUUGAUGUAAAUUUUGUUUUCUGGUGUAUUCUGGAUCUACUUUGUGUAUUUCAGUAUUCAUGAUUUGUUUGUUCAACUUCAACUACUAAUAUGUUGUUAAUAUGAUUAAGAAUUUACUACGUUUGUUGUUAUGAGUAGAA